ACGAAAUAGAGAUGUCUGCUUUCUAAAUGACUUGGUAAAUUUGAUUUGUUUUAUUUCGCUUUUUAUCUGCCGACAAAAAACAAGCGAGGGACAUAAAGGGAGCACUGAGACAGGUUUUGUGACUUGUGAGUUGUGACGCCUAUUUUGGCUUUCUUUUUCUUCCUCUCGUUUCUGCUGUCAGUGGCCAUGGACGUGUGCCGGAAUGUAUCAGUUUCCGGUGAGUGCAAGCAAGAGCAGGUUCUUUCCCCUUGUUCGAAGCUUUCUACCUUCUCAACCAGCCUCGAUGACCUCUUCUCUGCUCAGAACACGGAGGUGGAUGUCGGAUUGGAGUGGCUGUCAGUAUUUGUGGAGGACUGCUUUUCCAGCCAAGCAAGCUGCCUCUUGGCACCUCCUUAUGUUCAUCAACCCACAACCACAGCCUCCAAAGCUUCAAAACCAUUGCAGAGACCCCACCAGAAUCAGUCUUCUCUGCAGAAUUUUGCGGUGCCCGGAAAAGCCAGAAGCAAAAGGAAGAGGCUCUCAGCCCCGAGAGCCAAAGACCCUUUAAGCAUCUGGUCACACCAUUUAAACCCACAAAACGAAGCCAUAAGCUCAGACCCUCCUCUUCUCAAACAGGCAUACUGGCUAGCAGACAGUGAACUCAUCUUCCCCAACAAGAAAGAAAAGGAAGAAGAAAGCAAAGAGGGGGAAGCAGAAGCAGGAGAAGAAGAGGAGGCUGAGAAGGGGAUGGCGAGGAAGGAAUUGGAGAGUGAGGUCAGCAAUGGGCAAAAUCCAAUGCCAAGGAGGUGCAGUCACUGCUUGGCACAGAGGACCCCACAGUGGAGGGCAGGACCAUUGGGUCCAAAGACACUAUGCAAUGCAUGUGGGGUGAGGUACAAGUCUGGUAGGUUGUUGCCAGAGUACAGGCCAGCCAAGAGUCCAACUUUUGUGAGCUACCUGCACUCCAAUUCCCACAAGAAAGUCAUGGAGAUGAGGAUGUCUCUUGUUUCUUCUUCUUCUUCUUCUUCUUCUUCUUCCUUUCCCGGGGAGCACCAGUGAUUACCCCAUGUAAAUCAAACUCAGCAAGUUUAGGGGACAAAAUAUAUUUUAGAAACAGAGAGGUUACUCGGGGAAGGGGCUGUUGGGUUAGUCCUAGGAUUACAGACUUCUAUACAUAUUGAUUAGUAGUAUCCGUUUUCUGAUUUUUAUUUCAUCUUGUUCUCCUCAGAGCUAAUAUGCAAUGCAUUCCCCAGUAGUACCUAUUCUUAUUCUCAGUACAAGAAUGUCUUGUCAUGAGUUGGGAUAGCUCCAACUCGGGUUCUCCCUCA